GCUAGAGAAAAGUCGAAUGAAUAAAUUUCUAGUUAUUUGAAUAUUAUUAGAAUGCUAGGCAUACUAUAUUUUCAGUCCAAACAUUCAACCAUGAAAUUUAUUGGGUCGAAUAUAGGAGAAAGAUAAAUCUAAUGGUUGUUUGCCAAAUGGUUUGUGAAUAAGAGAAUGCAGGAUGGAAUGCAAGCAAUAUGCAUCAGAGCAUAAUAUUUCAGUUGCUGGUGAAAGUUUAAAUGGUUCUAAAAGCUCAGUUUCUCAAAGUAAAGACUCUGCAAAUAAAGAUUCUAAAACUGAAAAGCUUGAUGUGAAAUCAAACUUUGUGCUUCCUGCAGACUGUCUUACGGCUGUGUCGAUGCCAAGGAACUGGAGUCAGGUGGAGAGACUUAAACAACAGAGACUGUUGCUUCAUCAGCAGCUCUUUUCUCAAAAGUUGAUCGUGAAAAAUGAUGAAAACUUUUCUGAAAUGCUUGAAGAAAAUGCUGGAAAAGAAGACAAAAAUGGUAAUUUGAUAAAGCUAGGAGGCAUCACUGAUGUUAUUAAUGAUGACUCCUUCCAAGAUCUGAAGACAGGGCAAAGUUUUGAAAAUCAUUCUGUGUACAAUGCAAAGAAUGGUUUUGAUGAUGAGACAGACUCUUCUGAUAGUGGCGAUUUUAUUCCUAGGUUGCGUAUUGCUGAAUCGUGUACCGUAGUCGAAAAUAAAAGUGGAGUUAUUUCAAACACUGAUACCCAGGUAGAUUUAGAUGAAGAUGUAAUAGGUAAAAGUGAAGAGAUGAAUCUUGAUAGAGAGAAGAACUGUUCUGAACAUGUGACAAUUGAAGGUGAACUUGAUGAAAAUGAAAGUAGUCAAAAUUCUCUGAAUAAUUCAGAUCUGUGUGAUAUUUCUGCCUCUAAGAUAAAUGAAGCAUUAUUUAAUACCAUCUGUUCUGUGUCUGAAAAUAAAAAACAAAAGGAAUAUAGGAUUAAAGAAGUCCUAAAUAGUUUGAAAAUCCAGGCAGAGGUGAAAGAAUACGAGCAUGAACAAUUAGGAUAUAAAAUAGAGAAACCAUUACCAAAUGCACCAAAGAUGCCAAGUAAUCUAGGUUGUGUUUCUGUAAUGUCAAAUAACAAUUGCAGUGCUAUUAAACAUUUUCCAGAUUCGAUUCUCAAAGUAGUGAAAAGUAGUUCAAAUAUGGGAAAUUUAAGUCCAACACAAUAUGUUGGACUGCCUGUUGAUGUUGAAAGUAUAUCAAGGCAAUAUUCAACUUGUACUGAAAGGCUUGAUAACUUAUCCUCAACUGGUAUGAAGCAGAAAAAGACUACAAUUAUAGACUACGGCAGCACUGAUGCAACUAUAAAAGAGCCAGAUUAUAGAAACAUUGCUUUGCAGAAAAUGCUUGCACUCAAAAGACUAGGUGUCAUGGAAGAACAAGGUCAAAAAGACAUUCACAAAAAAUCUGUAGCUAGUAUAAAUCAAAGUUAUAAUGGAAGUUCACAGAAAUUGCAGUCACAAACAAAAAAUGUUCAUACAGUAGAAAAACAAGAAAAUAGUGAACAUUUUGAUUUGGUCAAACAGGUUAGCUCAAUUCCAAAGAAAAGAAAACUCUCCCUGGAAGAAAAGGAGUUGUGCAUGUUGAAACAAGAAGUGUUAAGUAAAAGAAUGCAAACACACAAGUUAGAUUCAUGUGAGAUUAAAAAACAAAUGUUGAAUGCUGAACAAAAAAUGUUUGAAGCAAAACAGAAAGUUCUUCAAGCAGAGCUAAAAAUUAGUGAACAUAAAUUGAAAAUGGCAGAGCAGGGUUAUUUUUUCCCAAGACGCAGAUUCUAUCAGAGGUAUUGCUUAUCUUCAGGUCUUGCCAUUGAUGAUAGUACAGACACUGAUGAAGAAUUAAUUGACAAUGAAAGAAGAAAUUCAGAAAGCAGAAUGUCUUCACAUGGAUCAGAGUCUGCUGCUAAAGAUAAAAACCCACAAGAAAAAAAGAUCUUGUUACGAAACUCAGAAGAAGCACAUGAAACUAAAAACUCAAAAGAAAAAAUAAAAACUGCUAUUAAAAAUAAAAUCUCUCAAUUUAAAGUUAUGUCUGCCAAUAAAAAUGAAGCAAAUGAAACAAAGAAUCAGUUGGACCAGCCUAUUACUGAAAAUAAAGAUGAAUCUGGUCAAAAGAAAUUAGAAAAUGACCAGUUGGACAAAUUCAAAAUUGUUACAAAAAUGCAACCAGACUUUAUUAUUCAAAAUGGAGCAAAACAUAAGAGAUCUUGUUUAAAAUCCUGUACUUCAUCAAAAACAAAAGCUGGAGAAAGUAAUAGUUCAAGAACAAUUAGUCCUGUUCAGCCUGAAAUAAAUGUUCCUAGAGAUGUUGAGAUAAAAUCUGUUACAGCAUCAGUCAGUCCUACCAUGAAAAUAACUGAUAGUCAACCAAAUCAACAAGGAAUAUUUUUCGCCCUGAACAGCAGUGUAAAUAACAGAAGCUCUGUUAAUAACCAGUUACAUUUAUCUAGAGUGAGUGUAACCAGUCAUGCCAAAACAUUAGUACUUCCCACGUCAGCAGUUCUACAAAAUGCUUUGAAGAAUCAGACUGCAAUAAUGCCAGGGAUACAGAGACAGUCCCAAAAUGCUAAUCAAUCAAGACACACAGAUACAUUAAUUCUACCAUCUGGCUAUGUGAGAGAUGAGUCUUCAAACCAGAUUUUUCAUACUUACCACUUCAAUGGGCAAACGUUUGCUAUGAUUGACAAUAAAUUGUACCAGAUUCAUUUAAAAAGCACUGAUGGUAAAACUAAAACUGUAAUUGGUGCAUUAAUACCUACAACAGCAUCUAAGAGUCCUGUCAGUGCCAGAGCAGGGUUGGCAGCAACAGAAAUUACCAGAAAUUUGGCAAAUGUAUAUAAUAGGAAUACAACUCUUCCUAAAAACGUAAUUCAGGCUUUGAUUCCAACAAAUACUAGUGUACAGGCUUCCCAAAAACCUAUUGUAUGCAGAUUUCCUGUAUACAGCGUCCCAUCUGCAGGACAACCUAACAAGCCAUUGAAUCUAUUGAUAGCCCAUACAAGUCCCAAUGAUACUGUAACACAGAGUACUCAAGUCAUAAGACAACCUUUGAUGCAUGCUUUUGGAAGCAACAACACAGUAAGAGCACAUCUACAACAGGUUUUAGGGCAAAAAGCAUACACAACUAGUCCUAUGGUUGUAAACCCCCAAAAGUUUGGAAGGGACAGUAUAAGAUGUCCUGUGACUCUCACACAAACAACAGCCUUCCAAUAUGGAAACCAUAGCUUUCCAAAGACUUCUAUCCCCCAGGACAAUAAAAAACAGCAGAAAAGUCCAAUUGAAAGUAACUAUGUCAGACCUACAAAUCCUUUUAUAAAUCAUCAAACCAUAAGUCCUAGGACUGCAAAGAGUCUUUUGACUAAUAAAACAUAUGUUGUAGUUAACACUUCACCUGAAAAAAUUUCACAAUUAAGUGUUCAAAGUAAAAGGAAGAUUGAAUAUUGUGGGUCUGUAAUUCUCAGUUCAGCUUCAAAUUCCUCAGUAUUUGCAAGUCAGGUGACACCAAAUUCUACUAGCAUUGAUAAACAUGUGACUGUAUCUAUCUCUAAAUCUGCUGAACCUAAAGCGGUUUCUACUUUAAGCACUGUAACUUUUACUGAACAAAAUGGUUCAGGGCAAGGCUUGAAUGACUCAGCUUCAGAAGGCUCAGACAGCAAAACAAAACAAGGUGAAUUAACAAAAGCAGUGAAUGAGACAACAGUUGUAGAACCAAGUAAAGAAAAUUGUCAUCGAGGUGUAUCUUCACAAGGAUACACUAAUUAUGUUCUUAGAUCGCAGUCACCUGCUACAAUAUGCAGCUCCAUGGAUAGCUUUAUAUACACUUCAAAACGAAAGAGAAAAGGUACUCCACUCAAGACAGUCUUUGAUGAAAAUUCAUCUUUACCACCAAAGGUUCAAAAAGUAGAUGAAAAUUUGCAUAGUUUAAAGACAAAAGAGAUUGAAAAAGAUAUAUGUCUGAUAAGUGAGAAAGGCGUAAGUGAGGAAAAGAGUGACAAACUAAAUAAUGAAAAGAUAACAGAGCCUGUUCCAUUCCUAGAUUAUCCUGCAAGAAUUGUUUCAACAAAUAAAUCUGGAGGUAAAACAAAACUGAUUGUAGCAUCUCCAAAGGAUACUGUGAAAAGUGGUCAGAGUUCAGACACCAGUCUAGAUGAAGAGAAAAUAGCAAAAAUGAUCAGUUUUGCAAACCAACUUGAAGAAAAAUCAAAUGAAAAAGAACCAGGUUCUAAGAAAAUAAAGAGGAAAAGACUAUUAAAAAAAAGAGUAUCAGAAGAUGUACAGGAAAUGUGUAGUAAGGAAAAUUCAACUACCGAUAGUGAACAUGAAAGUGAGAAAUCUUUCAAUAAGACAGAGAAUCAAAAAGCUGAUAAAAUAGAAACUUUAAAUCAUGAUAUUGAACCCAAACAAAGUAAAGAUGAAGCUAAUUUACCAGGAGACAGUGAACAUGCUGUCAGUAUUGUAGAGAAGAACCAAAAAAUUGGAGGAGGGCAUAAAGAUAGAAAUAUGUUUGAUGAACUCGAGCAAUUUGUAUCCAAGCAAAGUUUGAUGUCUGAAAGCUGUAAUGAAUCAUCCUCUUCCUAUGACAGCUCUGACUUGGAAACAUAUGAAAAAUUUGUUUCAAAAAGAAAAAUGUCAGAUGUAAGGAAACCAAAGAGUCAGUUUAUGGAGAGCUACUUUACAAAUCAAGGUAUGAAAGAACUGAAAAGCGGGAACAUGGAGUCAAAUAACUCUACUACCGGCUUUUCUAUUACCUCUAAAAGUAAUCUCAAAGAAAUGGAUUUGAAAAUUGUUCCACAAAGAAAUACUCCCAAAGAAGUAGAAAUGGAAAUUGUAGACUCAAACCUACAAAAUAAAACAUUACCAUCACAAAAAACCAGCUUUUGCUCAAAAAGUAGUUCUGAUGUAGCUGAAAUAAGGCAAGAAGUAGGUCCACUAGAAGUAAAAUGUUCUUCAGCGGGUGACAUGGCAGUGCACAGUAUACCAGAUGUAACAAAGAGCUUGUCAGAGAUAAAUCAACGGUCUUUCACAGUCAGUGGCAAACAAGUGAAGAAACUCAUUAAAACCAAAUUCAUUAUAUUGAAAGGUGAUAUAUGUGAUCGUUGGUUUGAUAUAAAACGCAAGACAGGCUUCAGUGAAAUGUCUGACCCAAAGUUUAUCCAUUAUUUGCUUCGGUCAGAAGAUGAAAGACAGACAAAGAAAACCAAGAUAACAGAUGCAUCAGUUCAGACAGACAGAUGCAGUAAUCUUGAUAGAAAUCAGGCAAAUAGAACAGAAACCUCAUUAGACUGUAUUAAAGUUGAUCCUGAUAGAAUGAAUUAUAAUGUCAACAUGAACAGUAACAAUAAUGCUGACAGUUUCCUUGAUGACAAGACAGCAGUCUCUGACGAAGAUUUUGAAGCCACUAUAGUCAAUGUAACAGAUACACCAUUGAGUAGCCCAAUGCUUUCAGAUAUUUCUACUCCAGACUGUGAAACCAGUACACGAAACACUUGCUUCCUUAGAAGUCCCAAAUUUACAGAAACAGCAUCAAUAUCAAGCCAUGAGAAACAUAGUGAUGUAAAAUCAGAAAUUUCCCAUGAGAUGAUCUCCAAUGCUUUAGACAGAGUAUUGCUCUUGCCUGAUGGUCCUGAUCAUUCCCGUAAGAGACAUAUUGAAGAGGAGGGUAAAGAAGGUCCAGCAGCCAAGAAACAAUAUCCAAUUUUGUCUUGUGCUACACAGAGGCAGAUGCAAUGGGCUGUUUCAUUAUUUAGAGAGUGGUUGAAAGAAAAAGGGGAUGAAAAUACAGAGUUUGAAUCUAUGAGCUCUACCUGGCUAAAUGAUAAACUGGCUAAGUUUUAUACAGAUGCUCUAUCCCAUGAAGGAACACCAUAUUCUACAAACAUAUUACAGACAUUUCGUAGAGCCCUCUCGUUAUAUUUAACAUCAAAUUGCAGCAGUCAAAAUGUCCGCAUCAGCAUUUCCCAGGACCUAGAGUAUAACCGAUCCAAUGAAAUUCUCACAGAGCUUGUGUUUACAGAAACUCAGCAAAAUAAUGGGACUGUGAUUGAUAAUGUGUCUUAUCCAAUAACAGAAGAAGAUAUGAAGAAGCUUUAUACAACAAGAACCCUAUCAGAUGAUGAUCCUACCUCUUUAAUGUGGAAGGUAUGGUUUGACAUCACCUUUCACCUGUGUAAAGGUAAUUUACCCAGAAAUUUUUGGCGCUCCCUAACAAAGCAUAGUCUAGUGCUGGAAAGUGAUGUGAAUGGUGUAUUUUAUUCAUUUGCUGACUAUGUUUACAUUCCGGCAGAUGAGCAGCCUGGUAAGAUGUAUGCCACCCCAAACGAGCCAGAAAAAUGUCCAGUUAGGUCUACUUCAUUUUACCUAUCAAAACUUUGUGCAAAUUGUGACGCAUUGUUUCAGUGUUCAAAGCGUUCAUGGCAUAAAUUUCAGGAGAGAUGGUACCUACCAGUUCCAGUGAGCAGAGAUAAGCUGGAUAAAAUCAUGAGUAAAAUAUCAGAACAUGCACAGUUAUCCAUGGUGUAUGAUAGUACCUGUGUCAUACUCACUGCAAAGCUGAAAAAACCGGCAAAAGAUUGAAUUCAUUGAAUGCUUGGAUAAAAACUGAAAUGUUUUAUAUGUCUGAAACUGUUGAACUGUCCUUGAUAUGGUGCUAUUCUUCAUAUGAGUACAAAAACUGUAUUAUUUCAUCCAUUUUUAUAUGUUGAAGACAUUAUUUGUCUUUGCCUUCUGCCUGUUAUUCUGUCAACAUGUUCAUAGCUGAAUGUCAUGUCCGGCUGCUUUUCAAAAGUACAGUACGAAGAAUUGUUAAUUGGUUAUUCAUGUUCAUUUUCAGUGGAAUUAGUAGACAGGAAAAAAGCACCAAGAUUUUAAGGUCAUGUUUUACACAUCUUUUGCUUUAAGACUGAACUUCAGGCUUAUUUUAACUUCAAUUUUAAAAUAGAUAAUUGGAAGUGACAAGAAAUGUUAAAAGCAGGGUACAUUCAUUUUGUCCGGCAAAAGAGUGCCCAACUGAUAGAUAUCCAUUUGCUGAUAGACAAAUAGAUGUUGAGUACUUAAGACUUUGUUAAGUUUAUUUUGCAUAAGCUUCAUAAUUCCAAAGUAACUUAUUUUCUUGUAUAAUUGCCUUGUACUUAUUUUAUAUUUAAAAGCAAACAGUAUUACAUUUUGGUACUGAAAUAUUUAUUUCUGUUUCUAUUGUUAAAUAUUGAACUAUUGUAGAGUAUACUUUGAUUUUUAAUGCAUGACCAGAUCUGUAUGACAAUUGUCUCGCAUUACGUUAUUAUAUUUUGCCACUUUUGUUGUUUCUAUUUUGGUGCUCAGGUCAUAUUGUCAGAUAAUUAGUUAUUCAUAUUUUUGUUCUACUUUUUUCUGGUUUGUUAAAGUUAAAUGCUAUCUUUAUAUAUAUUUUUUUAAUGUCAUGCCAUUAUUUAUGCACAAUAUCAAAGUGUCUGUUACUGCAUUAUGCUUGUACAAAAGAUUUUUAAAAGAUUUUUUGCUUUUAUAUUUAUGAAAAUUGUUCUAUACAAUGUAUAUGUAUUAAUAUCACCAAUGUAUGUUAUAUGAAUGUAACCUUUAUUCACAAAGUCAAUGCAGUUUUAUUUCUCAUUUUAGCUUGAAUUUGUUAUUUAUUUUUAAUUUCAUCUUUUUCUUCUUUUUUUGUAUUGUAGAAAACUUAUUCCAAAAUGGCAUAUAAGCCUGCUUUCUGAAAGUUAUAAUUAAGGUAAAACUUAAGUUUAAACUUAUCAUAUAAGGUAUGUCUUUAUAUUAGAAAUACUAUACAAUAUUUCAUUUCCAUACAGUUUUACUUAUGGAUUUUUAUCAUGUAAGAAAUAUCUCCCUUAU